AUGACUGGACAGUCUCUCUCUACUUCCCUCCAUCUGCCCUCUCUCUACUUCCCUCCCUCUGCCCUCUCUCUACUUCCCUCCCUCUGCCCUCUCUCUACUUCCCUCCCUCUGCCCUCUCUCUACUUCCCUCCCUCUGCCCUCUCUCUACUUCCCUCUCCUCUGCCUCUCUCUACCUCCCGCCCUCUCUCUGCUCUCCCUCCCUCCCCCCCCUCUGCCCUCUUUCUCCCCUCCCUCCCUCCCCCUCUAACUCCUUCCCUCUUUCUACCUACCUCCCUCCCUCACUCCAUCUCCCCUUCUACCUCUCCCUUCGAAAAACACCCCAAAAAAACAAAAAAAAAAAAAAACACUUUGUCUGAUGAUCACAAAAGUUUAAAUUUUUAUAAAUCUCUCUCUCUCACUCUCUCUCUCUCUCUCACUCUCUCUCUCUCUCUCUCUCUCUCUCUCUCUCUCUCUCUCUCUCUCUCUCACUCUCUCUCUCUCUCUCUCUCACUCUCUCUCUCUCAUUCUCUCUCUCAUUCUCUCUCUCUCAUUCUCUCUCUCUCAUUCUCUCUCUCUCAUUCUCUCUCUCUCAUUCUCUCUCUCUCAUUCUCUCUCACUCAUUCUCUCUCACUCAUUCUCUCUCACUCAUUCUCUCUCACUCAUUCUCUCUCUCAUUCUCUCUCCUCAUAUUCUCUCUCUCAUUCUCUCUCUCUCUCUGUUCUCUCUCUCUCAUUCUCUCUCACUCAUUCUCUCUCACUCAUUCUCUCUCUCAUUUCUCUCACUCAUUCUCUCUCACUCAUUCUCUCUCUCUCACUCAUUCUCUCUCACUCAUUCUCUCUCACUCAUUCUCUCUCUCUCACUCAUUCUCUCUCAUUCUCUCUCUCUCCUCAUUCUCUCUCUCUCAUUCUCUCUCUCUCAUUCUCUCUCUCUCCUCAUUCUCUCUCUCUCACUCAUUUCUCUCUCUCACUCAUUCUCUCUCUCUCACUCAUUCUCUCUCUCUCUCUCAUUCUCUCUCACUCAUUCUCUCUCUCUCACUCAUUCUCUCUCUCUCACUCAUUCUCUCUCACUCACUCAUUCUCUCUCUCAAAUUACCUAAUUUUAUUUUCAAAAUACUUUUAA